GUCAAGCUCGACCACCUAGGGCCGAUGGUCGUCAACCGCGACGGGACACUCAGUCGCAUCGGAAACUGGGAGCAGAUGACGGAUAUUGAGCAGAAGAACACGCUGCGAGUGCUGAUGAAGCGAAACAAGCUACGCUUGGACGCGUUGAGGGCCGGCGAA